CUCUUUUUAACUGACAAAGUCAAGCUUUUCGCCUCAAGAACCAGAGAGAGAGAGAGAGAGAGAGAGAGAGAGAGAGAGAGAGAGAGAGAGAGAGAGAGGGCGCCAUUAAUGGAGACAGAAGUGGCAGUACCAUCUCACGCCACAGAGUUCAACUUCGACAGCACGACUUCAUCCCCAUACAUCACAGCUCCUUCAAGCCCUACUCGAUUCGGCAACGCCUUCCUCUUCUUCAGCGCACCCACAAGCCCUUCUCCUUCCGAUUCCGCCCCUUUUCGCAGCUCGAACACGCCCUUUGAUCCACCGUCUGCUGAUGAAUUCUCCAGGAAGAGAUCUUCGGCCAGCGUCGAUUUCCCUCAAGACUUCGAGUUCGAUUUCAGUGGGCAGUUGGAGAAAGGCUCCUUCUCUGCAGCUGAUGAGCUCUUCGACGGCGGAAAGAUCCGUCCUCUCCGACCGCCUCCGGCUUACGAACAAGCCUCAUCAGCUGUUUCAUCUCCAAGAUCUAAGGCUCUGAAGAAAGAUGGGUUUGACCGGUCUCAGAAGGAAACAGAUGAAAAACACAGUAAAACGGUGUCGGAUCAGAAACAUCGAGGAAGAGAGCGGUCUUCUUCAGAUUAUGUUCACAAGGGAAGCCGUUCUUUGUCUCCGUUGAGGGUUUCAGACAUAAUGCUCGAGGAAGAAGACGAUAACUCAUCAGCACAGUCUGCCAAAUUCGGUCCUUCUGCAGCAAGCAACCGCAAGUCCUCGGUCUCCUCCGCGAUAUUCUCGGCCUUGUCGUUUCCCGGGAGAGCCUACAAGAAGUGGAAACUCAAGGACCUGUUGCUGUUCAGAAGUGCGUCCGAGGGAAGACCUGUUCCGAUCAGACAAUCCCUAAGACAGUACGAGAUUCUGUCUAAGAAAACGGUCGAGGAAGAAGCAAAGAACUCGAGUUUCCGGUCAGUAGAAAGCAGCGGCGGUUCCUCGGCUGGCGGAUCUCGGAGGAGGCCGCCGGCGGUGUCGGCUCACGAGCUGCAUUACACAGCGAACAGAACGGUGUCAGAGGAGCUGAAGAGGAAGACUUUCUUGCCUUACAAGCAAGGUUGGUUAGGGUGCAUGGGGUUUAACCCUGGUGCUCAUCACAUUGCCAGAGUUGGGUCUUUGACACGUGGGGUCUCUUGAUUUCUCUCUCUUUUUUCUUCUGAAUCUUAUCUCAUAAUUGUUUAAACGUUUUGUUGUCUUUUUUUUUUUUGUUUAAUUUAAUUCAAUUUCAACGGUCCAUCAACUUGAUCGGAAUGUCAUAUUUGUUUCAUAUUCAUACAUACUACAAAGGGAUUUAAAUAAACA